GAAGGAGAAGAGGAGAAGGGACAGUGUUUAGUCACCAAAAACAAUGUCCACUUCAAUCCUCAAGCCCACCCUCAUCCUCCUCCUCUUCACUUUCUCUCUCCUUGCCUCACCGGUGCUCUCCGUCGUGCCCGAGGAGUGCACCGCCGAGGAAGGUGAUUGCAUCGACAAGGCCAAGGCCCUCCCCCUCAAGAUCAUUGCCAUCGUCUCCAUCCUCGUCACGAGCCUGAUCGGUGUUUGCUCACCGCUAUUCACCCGCGCAGUCCCGGCCCUCCACCCUGACCGUGACCUCUUCGUCAUUGUCAAAUGCUUUGCAGCAGGCAUCAUCCUCGCCACUGGGUUCAUGCACGUGCUGCCCGACUCAUUCGACAUGCUGUCCUCACAAUGUUUGAAGGACAACCCUUGGCACAAGUUUCCGUUCACCGGAUUCGUCGCCAUGCUGAGUGCCAUCAUGACGCUGAUGGUGGACUCGAUGGCGACGAGCGUGUAUAGCCAGAAGAACAACAUCGGCGUCAUUCCCGAGACUGAGGGCGGUGAGGGUGGCCACGAUGACCGGGAGAUGGGUGUGGUUACUGCGGCGCAUUUGCCUAGCCCCGGCCACCACCACGGCCACCACCACCACCACGGGGCUGCAACGAAGGUGGAGGCCGUGAGUUCUCAGCUGCUUCGGUACCGUGUAGUUGCAAUGGUGCUGGAGCUAGGAAUAGUGGUACACUCAGUGGUGAUAGGGCUUGGAUUGGGAGCCUCAAGCAAUGUUUGCUCCAUCAAAGGCCUUGUGGCUGCUCUUUGCUUCCAUCAAAUGUUUGAAGGCAUGGGUCUUGGUGGCUGCAUUCUUCAGGCAGAGUACAAGUGGCUGAAGAAGGUGGUGAUGGUGUUCUUCUUCGCGGUGACAACCCCUUUCGGGAUCGCUCUGGGGAUCGCACUGUCGAGUACGUACCGGGAGAACAGCCCAAAAUCGCUCAUCACGGUCGGCCUGCUCAAUGCAUCGUCUGCGGGACUCCUGAUCUAUAUGGCCCUGGUCGACCUCCUCGCCGCCGACUUCAUGGGGCCGAAGCUGCAGCGCAGCAUCAAGCUCCAGAUCAAGUCCUAUGCUGCCGUGCUCCUGGGUGCUGGUGGCAUGUCUCUCAUGGCCAAGUGGGCUUGAGGUCAUACUAGUUAUCCUCAAUGACAAAAUGUGUAAAUGGGUGGAUUUUCUGUUUUCUUUUUGCCUUUUGGUUUAUGCUCAUGCUACAUGUGUGUUUGGCUUUCGACUUCUCAACAACUAAAGAUUAUGUGAUCAUCGUGCACAUGA